UUUUAUCUUUGGUGGUGAAGAAAAUAUCAUGAAUUUUUUUUUCUCUAUUCAUUCUUCCUCUCUUUCUGUAAUUUAUUUUGAGAAUUAAGUUAAGAAUUGAAGAUGUCAACAUUUGCAGGAACAACACAGAAAUGCAUGGCAUGUGAGAAGACGGUGUAUCUCGUCGAUAAGCUCGCCGUCAACAAUCGCGUCUACCACAAAGCUUGUUUCCGAUGCCAUCAUUGCAAUAACACCCUCAAGCUAGGGAACUUCAAUUCCUUUGAUGGGGUUUUGUAUUGCCCCCCACACUUUGAUCAACUCUUCAAAAGAACUGGAAGUCUCGACAAAAGUUUUGAGGGAACACCAAAAAUUUUGAAAACAGAGAAACAACCAAAUGACACUAGUAGUAGUACUGAUCCUAAGGUUACCACCGUCUUCGCCGUCACAACCACCAAAUGCCUCGGCUGCAACAACACCGUCUAUCCAACCGAAAGGAUUACCGUGGAUGGGAGCGCUUACCACAAAGGAUGUUUUAGGUGCAGUUAUGGAGGUUGUGUCAUUAGUCCUUCCAACUACAUAGCCCAUGAAGGUAGGCUAUUUUGCAAGCACCACCACCAGCAGCUCAUUAAGGAGAAAGGAAAUCUCAGCCAGCUCGAGGGAGCUGCCACAACUAGCUAACCAUCGAUCA